AUGGAAAAAUGUCCAUAUCUGUUGGAACGCUGGUCAAGUAUCGAAGGAAACCCAACAACUGCAGAAUUUGCGAGCGGAACGCCUUCAGCAGAACCAACCGAAGUUCACAUUUCCAGAUCAUCGCAAUCACCAGUCCAUAUGAAACUCUGUCCAUACAUCUCUCUUCUCUCAGCGGAAAAACGUGCUCGCGUCUCUCAUUCCUCUCCACUACAAAAAACGAUAUUUUCUUAUCUUUUUCCUGGUUCGCCAAAAGUUAACUCGUUGCUUGCCACUUUUUACAUUUCAUCGAUACCUAAUUUUAUUCUUUUUUUCGUUCCUCCUGAUAUUCAGCCGUCGUCAUUAAACACGUUGGUGAGUUUUGCAGUUGGUGGGUUGUUGGGAGAUGUGUUUUUGCAUUUGUUACCACAGAGUUUCAUGGGAGAAGCUAGUGAUGAAGAAGUGCAUUUUGUUAUGAUAGACGAGAAAAGGAAUGUGGUUAUUGGGUUGGGGUUAUUUGUGGCUGAUGCAACUCAUAACUUUACUGAUGGUCUUGCAAUGGCUGCUUCGUUCUACGCAUCUCCGAGCGUCGGUGCGACUACAACUGUCGCUGUAUUUUUCCACGAGAUACCUCAUGAGAUUGGCGAUUAUGCUAUACUCGUUCAAUCUGGAUUCACUAAACGAUAUGCUUUGUUAUCACAAUUUGGCACUGCCGUAGGAGCAUUCCUGGGUACCUUUGCUGGUAUUGCUAUUGAAGAGUAUAGCAGAGGAGAUCAGCCGGCGGGAGAAAAAGUAUUUGAUGUUGGUGAUGUGGGUGAUGGUAUAUGGGGUACCAACGUUUAUUUGAGUGAUUUAGUGAUACCAUUUACUGCAGGUGGUUUUAUAUAUAUUGCUACAGUAGGUGUGAUUCCCGAGUUGUUGGAAGUAUCAGGGAAAUUAGGGAAGGAUGUCAAACAAGCUAUAACAGAGUUUGUAGCAAUGUUGGUGGGGAUUGGCAUGAUGGGUGUCAUUGCUUGGAAUGAAGGUUGA